GUCGCGCCGUCAGUUCAUGACGCUGCGUCUCUUUGUUGGCUCAGCAGCAGAGACGCUUGUGUUGUUAUUUUCUCUGCAGCUGAAAAGCUGAAGUACUGGCUACUCAGCGAAACAGUUUUACUGUUUUGUUUUGUUUUGUUACCUCAUUGUAUCGGGCUUUAACCUACCAAACAACUAUAACUCGGCUUGUCAUAAUCCGAAGUUAGCCUAGUAAUGGACUCGGACGAGGGUUAUAACUAUGAAUACGACGACGACGAGGAAUGUAGCGAGGAUAGCGCCGAAGAGGAUCUUGAAGACGACAACCUGGAGCUGGGGGAUGUGGAGCUAGUCGAUCCAGUUGUGGCCGGUGGUGAACGAGAUGAAUGUGGAGAAACUGGGGGAAGCGGCCUCGGGCCUGGUCAAGAUGAAGAGGACUACCGAUUCGAAGUACUCACUGCCGAACAGAUCCUCCAACAUAUGGUGGAGUGUAUCAGGGAGGUCAACGAGGUCAUACAGAAUCCAGCAACAAUAACUAGGAUACUUCUUAGUCACUUCAACUGGGACAAGGAGAAGCUGAUGGAAAGAUACUUUGAUGGUAACCUGGACAAGCUGUUCUCGGAGUGCCAUGUGAUCAACCCCAGUAGGAAGUCCCGGACGCGCCCGGUGAACACGCGCUCGUCCGCACAGGACAUGCCAUGCCAGAUCUGCUAUCUCAACUACCCCAACUCGUACUUCACAGGCCUGGAGUGCGGUCACAAGUUCUGCAUGCAGUGCUGGGGCGACUACCUAACCACCAAAAUCAUCGAGGAGGGAAUGGGACAGACUAUUUCCUGUCCAGCACAUAGCUGCGAUAUCCUGGUGGAUGACAACACAGUCAUGAGGUUGAUCACAGACUCGAAAGUCAAGUUGAAGUACCAGCACUUAAUUACCAAUAGUUUUGUAGAGUGCAACCGACUGUUAAAAUGGUGCCCAGCUCCAGACUGCCACCACGUGGUCAAAGUCCAGUACCCCGAUGCCAAGCCCGUCAGGUGCAAGUGUGGUCGGCAGUUCUGCUUCAACUGUGGAGAAAACUGGCACGACCCUGUCAAAUGCAAGUGGCUGAGGAAAUGGAUCAAAAAGUGUGACGAUGACAGCGAAACCUCAAACUGGAUCGCUGCAAAUACCAAGGAAUGUCCCAAGUGUCAUGUCACCAUAGAGAAGGACGGCGGCUGCAACCACAUGGUGUGCCGGAACCAGAACUGCAAAGCAGAGUUCUGCUGGGUCUGCCUUGGACCCUGGGAGCCCCAUGGCUCAGCCUGGUACAACUGUAACCGUUACAAUGAGGAUGAUGCGAAGGCUGCGAGGGACGCGCAGGAGGUGACUCAGUCGCGUUCUCGGGCGGCGCUGCAGCGGUACCUGUUCUACUGCAACCGCUACAUGAACCACAUGCAGAGCCUGCGCUUCGAGCACAAGCUCUACGCCCAGGUCAAGCAGAAGAUGGAGGAGAUGCAGCAGCACAACAUGUCCUGGAUCGAGGUGCAGUUCCUGAAGAAGGCCGUGGACGUGCUGUGCCAGUGCCGCUCCACGCUCAUGUUCACCUACGUCUUCGCCUUCUACCUCAAGAAGAACAACCAGUCCAUCAUCUUUGAGAAUAACCAGGCAGACCUGGAGAAUGCCACAGAAGUACUGUCUGGAUACCUGGAGCGAGACAUUUCCCAGGAUUCCCUGCAGGACAUCAAGCAGAAAGUACAAGACAAGUACAGAUACUGUGAGAGCAGACGGCGAGUGCUCCUGCAGCACGUGCAUGAAGGCUAUGAGAAGGACCUGUGGGAGUACAUCGAGGAUUGAGCCUGGAUUACGCCCUCUACACACACACACACACACACACACACACACACGUAUACACACACACACUCCCUGAACACACACACACACAC